AUGCGGUUCCUACCCACCAUUCUCGGUGCUAUCUCACUCCUAAUAUCUGUCGCCAAUGCCUCUCUCUCGACCGACAUCCUGUGUUGGCCCUUGGAUUCGCCACAACCGUCCGUCCUCGCGCGCAUUUCCUACGACCCGGCCUCAUUGGCAUCGGACGUGGUCUCAUAUCACCCCCCAAAGGAUGACCAGGGCGAUAGUCUAGUGCGUGUUGGCCUCUACACUUCAACUCCCACAAACAAAAAACAAUGGGUCGGCAGUCUCGUGUCGUUGUCAUCUUUAACGGCCAGUGAACAACCAACAUUUCGCCUUCACCUCGGUCCAGCCAACGAAGUCUACACUGUCUCCCUGUCUGCAUCGUCCACUAAUGCUCAGGGCUCAACUGGCCCUCGAAUUGAUCUCGUCUCGAAUGAAUCCGGGACUCAGCCUCACCUGAACAGGCCAGUGGUUGUUGGGCCCGAUGGUCAAAACCCAGAGCAACCCGAAGAAAAGUCUCUUUUCCAGAAGUACUGGUGGGUUCUUCUGAUCAUCACUUUCAUCACCAUGUCCGGAGGUGGCGGAGAAUGA